AUGGCUUACUCAACCGUGCAGGCAGCUUUUCUCAUCCUCCUCCUGGGUCUAGUCACCACCAAACCAGCCCUUGGAAUAUCAGAUAAUUGCUUGGGUAUAUCCAUUAAUCUCCGAGCCUGUAUUGAUGUUCUGCUUGAAAAUAAUCUGAUUCCGACUCUCGCAUGCUGCCAAACCUUGGGCCAAAUACAAACUCUUGAGUCCUCCAUUGGAAUCAACAGGACCUGUGUAUGCGUCCAGGGCGCUGUGGCAGAGAUGGUUCCCGCACGCAUCAUUACUGAUAUCCCCCGCCAAGUGCAGGCUGCAUGUGGUGUCAACCUGGCCUUUAACGUUACAGCGAGUCCAAAUGGCUGUAACGCUUAA